GCUGAAAAUACAGAGGAAACUGGCUGACCAUGAACUUGCCUAUCAGCCUGUGUGCAACUUCCCGUUUUAACGAAUGUGUGUCUAUAAGUGUCAUCAGAGACGCAGAAUCUGCUGAAGACUUCGAGUCCUGCAGGCUGUUUUAAACACGCUUCAACAGUGUAUAGACAUGGAGCCAACAACUAUCAGAGAAGGAUACUUAGUCAAAAAGGGCACUGUGCUGAACUCAUGGAAAGCGGUGUGGGUUGUGUUAGCAGACGAUGCUAUUGAGUUCUACAAGAAGAAGACGGACAGAAACUCGAAGGGGAUGAUCCCUCUGAAGGGGGCAACACUCACUAGCCCCUGCCAGGAUUUCACUAAGAGAGCGCUGGUGUUCAAGGUGUCCACAGCUAAGAACCAGGAUCAUUUCUUCCAAGCGUCACACCUGGAGGAGCGCGAGCACUGGGUUAAAGACGUCCGCAGGGCCAUCACCUGCUUACAGGGAGGAAAAAAGUUUGCCAGAAAGUCGACACGCCGAUCCAUUCGGCUACCGGAGAGUGUCAACCUGAGUGAACUGUACGUGUUCAUGAAGGAUCCAGACAGUGGAGUUAAAGAGCUGAAGCUGGAGAAGGACAAAAGACUCUUCAACCACUGUUUCACAGGAAACACAGUGAUCGACUGGCUGAUCUCUGAAGACAAGGCCAGAAACCGAACCGAAGCCAUGAUGUUAGCCAGCGGACUCCUGAAUGAGGGGUUCCUGCAGCCGGCAGGAGACACAUCUAAAGACGGCGCAGAAAAAGGAGCCGAGAGCGUUUUCUUGGACCAGACUGAGGCCUUUUAUUAUUUUGCGGACAGUGGUUUCUUCUGUGAGGGUUAUUCCAGUGACGAAGACGUGAUCAUGAAGGAGGAGUUCAGAGGUGCGAUAGUCAAACAGGGCUGUUUGCUGAAACAGGGUCAUCGGAGAAAGAACUGGAAAGUCAGAAAGUUUAUCCUGAGAGAUGAUCCUGCUUACAUCCACUACUAUGACCCCAGCAAGGGUGAAGAUGAUCCUCUGGGUUCCAUUCAUCUGCGUGGAUCAGUUGUGACUGCGGUGGAGUUUGUGCCUGAUGCCAAGAAACACGAGGUUGAUGGGAAUCUCUUCGAGAUCAUCACUUCAGACGAGAUACACUACUAUCUGCAGGCGGCCACAGCUGACGAGCGCAAGGACUGGAUCAGAGCCGUCCAAAGUGUGGCCAAAUCUGGGAAAUAAACAAGAUAUUACCAUUACAGAAAUGCUUUAGAUUGUCCAAAUAUAUGUUUAUUUUCAACUGAAAUAACAAAAAAGCUUUUCGUACUAGAGUUUUUGUCUUGUUUCUAGUCCAAAUAUCUAAAAAUUCUGAUCAAGAAACAUUUUCUAGACAAGCACAACAUGUAGUCUUGUUUUAUGAAAUAAUUAGUCAAAAGUUUUUCAUUAAAACAAGCCAAAUAAUCUGACAAUGGGGAAAUAAUCUUAUGUCAAAAAGAAAAACAAUAUUAUUCUGCUUCCCCCCACUGUCAGAUAAUUUAGCUUGUUUUAAUAAAAAAAUAAUAAAAAUCACUCAAUUUUGACUCAUUAUUACAGUAAACAAGACAAUAUUUUUGCUCAUCUAGAAAAUGCUUCUUGAUUUAAGAUUUUUAGAUGUUUUUCAAUGUCAUUUUAUUUUUAUAGCACUAUUAAACACAACCAAUGUGCUGCACAAUACAAAUCACAAAGAGAAAGAUAUAAAAUUAUAGCUAAAAUAAACGAUUCUCUCUGAUAAAAAGUAUUUAACCUAUAUUUAAAAACAGACAGAGAUGAUAUAGAUCUAAUACAGAGUCGCAGAGCAUUCCACAAUGUAGCACCAGCUACUGCGAAAGCACUGUUACCUCUGCAUUUCAGCCUCCACUUGGGGAUGCAUAAUAAUGGUUUGAUGACUGAAGAGGCUGAUGUUCAGUCAGCAGGUCUGACGCAUAAGGAGCCAAGCCAUUUAGUGAUUUAAAAACCAAGCGAAGAAUUUAGUGACACAACAGUGCACAGGCAACCAGUGCAAAGAGCGCAAGACUGAUGUGAUGUGCUCAUGUUUUUUGGUACCGGUUGAAAGCUUGGACUAGAAACGAACAAAACACUAUGUAUGAAAAGCAGUUUAGCAACCACAUGACAUGUUUCAUCACCAAAAAACGAAAACGCAGAGAGCGGAUGUGAGCAAAUGUGCUGUUUCACAGAGACUGAUAGCGGACAGCAUCUGUCAGAACUGUCAGCGCACUGGAAACUGCAAAGAGAAUCUUCAAUGUCCAGCAUUUUCCUGUUUUUUUACUUUAUUUUUAUUUAUAGCAGUAGCACUUCCUGUUUUUAUUAUUUAGUUUUGGAGUUGGUCAACAUAUAAUUGUUGUAAUAGUAUG